UCAUCAACAACAAUAUUUUUGUAAUAAUUUAUCUUCUCGUUUCAUUCAAUACGUUAUGCAAUGACAUUCAAGACUCAAAGUACCGAUGGCGGAGCUGUGGAUAAUUGUCUUAAAUAUUGGAGCAACAGAGAAAUGCAACUUGUUAGACUACAUGAAGAAAUUAUUUCUAGGAGGGAAUCCCUUCUCAACUGCUCUGUAGCCUACCACCAGAGUCAAGCAAGAAGGUCCAGAACUGAGGCUGGAAAUGCACAAGAGGCUUAUCUCAGGAAUCAUAAACUUCUACAGGACAUCAGGACUUCUAGAGUGAAAAUGUUUGAUGCUUUGAAUGCUCCACCAACUCCAAGGUUUAUGACUCUGCAGAAAAAUUACUGGGCCAUGGUCAAAAGCCAGGUACCAAUGUGGGAAGAAGACAUUGGCAUGUCCCACCCUAACACUUCACGUAGCACUCCAGCCGGUAGGGGCGGUUACUCUGCACGCAGUCAGCCUGCAUCAUCAAGGAGUGAUCGCCCUUCACCUCCAAAAACUACAGCAAAAAGGCAAUCCAAAAAGAGAGGAGGAAAAGCUUACUGAUUUUAAGAUUGUGUGAGUUUUGAAGGUCAUCUGUUUUGUGAAGAAUAAAAGUCAAUGUAUUGAUAUAGACUUGGCGUUGGUGGCUUGGUCUGCUUGCAAAAACUUGAACCUAGGCCAUAACUUUAAAACAGUUCAAGGUAUUCAAAUGAAAUUUGGUACACAUGUUGCCAGAGACAAAAGUCAUGUGUACAUAAAGGCACAUAACUCUGGCCUUUAAUAAAUAUUGAGUCAAAAUAAAAACUGCAGACAAGCAUUGGCUUUUUUUUUUGGAAAAAUAUAUGACUAGGGCUCCAUGCAAUACAACUGUAACUACCUGAAUGAAUGUAUAGUUUUACGGCAUUAUUGCUCUGAAUAUUAAGUUUAGCUAUUAUUUUGGCAUGACUGUUAUUAUGCUUACAGUAUUACAUGUACUAAGAUUUUCAACGAGAAUGAUGGAAACUAAUUUAAUGUGAAAUACUUGAAGAAAUAGAUAUACUAGUUUUUAUACUAUUUUCUGAUUUCAUAAUUGUUACAGCAUGUAUUUAUUAAAGUUAUACUUUACCAGUAUAAGAUGGCUUAUCAGAAAUUUUGUUAUGAUAUAGCACCAGUGCAUUAAAAAAUUAUUUUGCACAUGCUGCUCUGAUUUUUAAAGACUUGAUUUUUCUCAUAUUGUUGUUUUGAUAAAGAAAUAAAAAACUUUCAGUACUGUGAAGCUCAACUGAAUAUAAUUGGGAUUUGAAUACUCGUAGUUCCCAUUUAUAACCUAAUGAGGUAUAUUUUUUUAUUUUUCAAGGACAAAAGUCGGCUAUUGUGAUGACCUACACUGUCUGCUUUAACUCAAAAAUUAUCCCAAGAUAUUCAAAUGAGUGGUACACAUGGUUGUCAGAGACAUUAUGCAAAUUGAUGUAUAGCAAGGCCAUACCGCUGACAUAAAUAAUUGAAGAGUUAUGUCCCUUUUUUAGCCAAAAAAUAUGUUCAAUGUAUUCAAAGUGAAACUUCGUACACAUGUUGCAAGAGAUGAUAUACAAAUGUAAAGCAUGGCUAUUACUCGCAACCUCAUUUAAUUGUUAGGACAGGACAUCAAAAUUAUGCUCCUUUUUUAAACAACAAACAAGCACUGGGGAGUUGUCCGGUGCACUCUUGUUUAUGUUAAACAUAGAGUUAAAAUAUAAAAGUUUAAUCAUGUUAUAUAUCCAUAGACAUAUGAAUUCAUUUCAUUGUUCAGAUCAACACACAUUGUGAAAUGAAAACUUACAUCUCAUGUACAUAUAUUAGUAAAAAACUAUGGCUUGAAAAAAUAGAAUGUAGCAAUGUCUUUUGCAAUAUCUUUAAGCUGUAAAUAUUCCAUGAACGUUUGCCUAAUUUUUUUAGUCAUUUAUCUGUAUGAUGGUAAUGCUAAUUACAUUUACAAGUUAUAAUUUGUUUCCAAUCUUUCAAUUCAAUGAUGCUUUUAUUUUUUUUUUUUUAAGUUGAAUAGUAUUUUGUAUAUUGUUACUGAUUAAUUAUCAGACAUUUGUUUUGUUGUAUCUACAUUGUGAUAUCAUGCAUUUCACCUUUUCUUUUAACAUUUAAAUAUUUUCUGUAUUAUUUUGGGAUAUUAUUAACAUAUGGAAGAGUAUAUAGUUCAUAUAGACAAUGUGAUCAUGUAGUUAUGCUUACUUGUUAAGUGUUGACUUGGGACUUGUUACACACCAUGUUGCAAACAUACUUGUACAUUAUGUCGACUUUUCUAGUUAACAACUGAUCAAGUCGACAUAAAACAAUAAUACAAUGAAAAAUACAGGGACAAGCCCAGUAGUCGAAACUGACUAAAUUUAAGGGUAUUUAAGGGGCACAAGGCAGUGGUCCAAACGACAAUGAACCAAAGAGAAAAAUACUAUAUGAAAACACAAACACUAAUACAAUCAACACAAAGCAAAGCAACACAAGCAACCAUAUCGUCAUCAAACUUGCUUUACCUUUAAAUGAUGGGAUUACCGCCUUCGAAUGGUCCAAGUCAACAUGAACAGACAUCAUCUGUAUGGUAUACACUUCCAUAUUUAGAUACAUGUUUUCAUUGUUUCUGUUUUGUAUGAUAUUUUAUUUAUUGUAAAAUGCAUAUACUCAAGAAUAUAUGGUCCUUUCAGGCUGUUUCAGCCAAAUUUACUGCCCCUAUAUUUUAUUGCAAUAUUUUUGUAUUUAUACAAGAUUUCUAUAGAUCUAAAUUUAAUAGUGUAAAUACUCAUGCCCCCCUUACUAUAACAAUAGCAUCAUUUAAAUCUAUAAGAAAGAACUUUAUGUUGAUAAAAAUUGGCAAUUUUUAAAGAUAUUACAUGUAGAUGUUUUCAUUUUGAUUCAUUAUUAUACCCUCACAAACGAUGUUUGAGGGGGUAUAUAGGAGUGAGCUUGUCGGUCGAUCGCUUUGUCAGUUUUUAUGGUUUCCGGACGAUAACUCAUGAAAGGCUAGACAGAUUUGAAUUUUUUUUUGGUACACAGGUGUUACAUCAGAAGAUACAGGUCAAGUUCGAUAUUGGGGCUGGUGGGGCCAAGGUCAAGGUCACUGUUACUAAAAAUAGAAAAACGGUUUCCGGACGAUAACUCAUGAAAAGCUUGACAGAUUUGAACAAUUUUUGGUACACAGGUGUAACAUCAGAAGAUACAGGUCAAGUUCGAUAUUGGGGCUGGUGGGGCCAAGUUCAAGGUCACUGUUACUAAAAAUAGAAAAAACGGUUUCCGGACGAUAACUCAUGAAAGUCUAGACAGAUUUGAACAAUUUUUGGUACACAGGUGUAACAUCAGAAGAUACAGUUCAAGUUCGAUAUUGGGGCUGGUGGGGCCAAGGUCAAGGUCAUUGUUACUAAAAAUAGAAAAACGGUUUCCGGACGAUAACUCAUGAAAGUCUAGACAGAUUUGAACAAUUUUUGGUACACAGGUGUAACAUCAGAAGAUACAGGUCAAGUUCGAUAUUGGAGCUGGUGGGGCCAAGGUCAAGGUCACUGUUACUAAAAAUAGAAAAACGGUUUCCGGACGAUAACUCAUGAAAGACUAGACAGAUUUGAGCAAUUUUUGGUACACAGGUGUAAUGUAAGAAGAUACAGGUCAAGUUCGAUAUUGGGGCUGGUGGGGCCAAGGUCACUGUUACUAAAAAUAGAAAAACGGUUUCCGGACGAUAACUCAUGAAAGUCUAGACAGAUUUGAACAAUUUUUGGUACACAGGUGUAACAUCAGAAGAUACAGGUCAAGUUCGAUAUUGGGGCUGGUGGGGCCAAUGUCAAGGUCACUGUUACUAAAAAUAGAAAAACAGUUUCCGGACGAUAACUCAUGAAAAGCUUGACAGAUUUGAACAAUUUUUGGUACACAGGUGUAACAUCAGAAGAUACAGGUCAAGUUCGAUAUUGGGGCUGGUGGGGCCAAGGUCAAGGUCACUGUUACUAAAAAUAGAAAAAGGUUUCCGGACGAUAACUCAUGAAAGGCUAGGCAGAUUUGAACAAUUUUUGGUACACAGGUGUAACAUCAGAAGAUACAGGUCAAGUUCGAUAUUGGGGCUGGUGGGGCCAAGGUCAAGGUCAUUGUUACUUAAAAUAGAAAAAACGGUUUCCGGACGAUAACUCAUGAAAGGCUUGACAGAUUUGAACAAUUUUUGGUACACAGGUGUAACAUCAGAAGAUACAGUUCAAGUUCGAUAUUGGGGCUGGUGGGGCCAAGGUCAAGUUCAUUGUUACUAAAAAUAGAAAAACGGUUUCCGGACGAUAACUCAUGAAAGACUAGACAGAUUUGAGCAAUUUUGGUACACAGGUGUAAUGUAAGAAGAUACAGGCCAAGUUUGAUAUUGGGGCUGGUGGGGCCAAGGUCAAGGUCACUGUUACUAAAAAUAGAAAAACGGUUUCCGGACGAUAACUCAUGAAAGGCUAGUUUUUCUUGUCAGCAGUGUAACUUCUAAAUUACUCAACAGAUUUAAAUAAAACAAUACAUGCAUGAUAAAAGAAGAUGCAGUGUGCAGUUACCUUGGAGUUAUGGCCUCUUUUCAAAGGAAUGGUUUGCCAUUCCUGUGUCCAGGCGGCAUUUGGGGGUAUUCGUCACUCCUGUGACAGCUCUAGUUUGAGAUGAGUUUUGUUGGCAAUACCAUAUAUAUCUCGAUAUUUAAGCAGUGUUUUGCCAUACGAAUUGCAGUAUUUGUUGAUAAAAACAAAAGGAAAUUCUUGGCAAUUAAUUAGGUCUACAUGAUUAUUUAUCAUUAUUUCACUUCUUGUCUGUAUAACUUAAGAAGGUGAUAUGGCGAUAAAUGCAUUUAUUUGUCUGUAUUGGUUUGCAUUUUGAUGAUUCCUUUUUUAAACUACAGAAACAAAGUUAUGAUGGCCCUAUUUUUUUAAAUAAUGUGUUAAUUUCGUUUUCGCCAACACCAACAUUAUAUUGAUGCUAUCUUUACAAUUUAGUCAAAAUAAAUAGAAAUGUGAAGUAAAUUAGCAACACGGACACAUAUUUGAAUUGUUUAUAACCUUUCUUUUUAUUACAUGCUAUAUAUACAGUGAACAGUUUUUGUAUACUUUACAGGUCCCAGUUUCUGGACAAUUCUCAAGUUCUUACUCAACGGAGUAUACUAUUUAAAUCCUUAGUAUAAAUCGUGAAUAAUAGUGUUUGCAAGUAUGACAGUUUCAUUAUGUUUUUAUUUCUUGCCUGAUUAACCAAUUUGUGUGCGCUAACUUCCCUUAUAAGUAAAUUAUUAUGCAAAGUACAUCUAAGUACACUGAAAAAUUCACUCAGUUACUUUUCUUACUAUAAAACAUUGUUUUUAAUUUUUGACCAAACAUCAAAAUCAAAAUAUAAUCUUUCAGUGAUUCCGAUUAUAACUGAGUAAAAACAGUAAUAGUUCUAAACCCUGCUUUGGGCUGUAAAUGGUAAAAUAAGUUUAAUAGUUAUUGUGAGAGUAAUUAGUAUGUUCGAGAAACGGGGGCCUGUUUAUUAAAUUUGACUUUAUUAAGUUUGAGCAGUUCUUACGCUCACUUGAAUUGCAUUUAAAAUCAACGAAUUAACUAUUACCUUUCAUGUUAAUUACAGGAAAAAACAAUACAGAUCGUGUUUUAAUUGGCAAUGUUUGAUACAAAAGAAAGUUCUCUGUGAUUUUACAGAUGGUGAUUAUGUUAUUAAAGGUUUGAUUCAUCUAAAAAUUCUAAAAAUCAGAUCGCCUAAUAGAUUUAUCAUUUUGAGAAAAGACUUACCAGUCCAUGAAAUCAUCAGGAAAUUUAACCAGUCAAUUAUUCAUCACUUUGCGGGUCAUCCUGCUGGGCUAUUUUUGGUAUGGCACGGGUGAACGUUUUUAUUUUAUUUGUCUGGAAUUGUUUUGAACUCGGAACAAAUAAGAUUUCACUCACAAUAUUUCCUCAUGAUAUAUGUGUACUGCAAUACUCUGUGCAUAGCUUGGUAUAUUGCUUGUGUAUGUUUUAUUGUACAGCUAUUGUUGUAUACAUUGAAAAUCUGUGAUCAUUAUGUUAUUGUGCAAUAUAUUUGCAUUAAAUACAACACA